AUGCCCCUCUCCUCGGGUGACACAGUCCACACCUCUGAGCAGGCUGGAGCUGAGGGGCUCUGUAUGGCACCCCCUCUCAGCCCACCUGCUACUCUGUCGCUGCUGCAGAUCUCCGUGCGGAGCUCGGGGCCCUGCCUCUGCCUGCCCGGCUUCCUGCGGCUGACCUUCGUGCCCGCGUCCCUGGAGAGCCUGUACCAGACCUACUUCAAGAGGCAGCGCCACGAGACCCUGCUGGUGCUGGUGGUCUUCGCCGCGCUCUUCGACUGCCACGUGGUGGUCCUGUGCGCCGUGGUCUUCUCCGCGGACAAGCUGGCUCCCCUCGCGGUGGCCGGCGUCGGGCUGGCGUUGGACAUCCUCCUCUUCGUGCUGUGCAGGAAGGGGCUGCUCCCCAGCCGGGUCACCCGGAAGGUGGUGCCCUACCUGCUGUGGCUGCUGAUCACCGCCCAGAUCUUCUCCUACCUGGGCCUGAGCUUCCCCGGCGCCCACGCGGCCAGCGACACGGUGGGCUGGCAGGCCUUCUUCGUCUUCUCCUUCUUCAUCACGCUGCCCCUCAGCCUCGGCCCCAUCGUCGUCAUCUCGGUGGUGUCCUGUGUGGCACACACGCUCAUUGUGGGGGUCACCGUGGCCCAGCAGCAGCAGGACAGGCUGAAGGGGAUGCAGUUGCUGAGAGAGAUCCUGGCCAACGUCUUCCUCUACCUGUGCGCCAUCGUCGUGGGCAUCAUGUCCUACUACAUGGCUGACCGCAAGCACCGCAAGGCCUUCCUGGAGGCCCGCCAGUCGCUGGAGGUGAAGAUGAACCUGGAGGAGCAGAGCCAGCAGCAGGAGAACCUGAUGCUGUCCAUCCUGCCCAAGCAUGUGGCUGACGAGAUGCUAAAGGACAUGAAGAAGGACGAGAGCCAGAAGGACCAGCAGCAGUUCAACACCAUGUACAUGUACCGCCAUGAGAACGUCAGCAUCCUCUUCGCGGACAUCGUGGGCUUCACCCAGCUGUCUUCCACCUGCAGCGCCCAGGAGCUCGUGAAGCUGCUCAACGAGCUCUUUGCCCGCUUCGACAAGCUGGCGGCCAAAUACCACCAGCUGCGGAUUAAGAUCCUGGGCGACUGUUACUACUGCAUCUGCGGCCUGCCUGACUACCGGGAGGACCACGCCGUCUGCUCCAUCCUCAUGGGGCUCGCCAUGGUGGAGGCCAUCUCGUAUGUGCGGGAGAAGACGAAGACCGGGGUGGACAUGCGUGUGGGGGUGCACACGGGCACUGUGCUGGGGGGCGUCCUGGGCCAGAAGCGCUGGCAGUAUGACGUGUGGUCUACCGAUGUCACUGUGGCCAACAAGAUGGAGGCCGGCGGCAUCCCCGGGCGCGUGCACAUCUCCCAGAGCACCCUGGACUGCCUGAAAGGAGAGUUCGACGUGGAGCCCGGCGAGGGGGGCAGCCGCUGCGAUUACCUAGAGGAGAAGGGCAUUGAGACCUACCUCAUCAUCGCGUCCAAGCCAGAGGUGAAGAAAACCGCCUCCCAGAAUGGCCUCAACAGCUCGGCCGACAACCCCUCGUUCCCCAACCCUCACCGGAGGCUGCGCCUUCAGGACCUGGCUGAUCGGGUGGUGGACGCCUCUGAGGACGAGCACGAGCUCAACCAGCUCCUCAACGAGGCCCUGCUCGAGCGGGAGUCCGCGCAGGUAGUGAAGAAGAGAAACACCUUCCUCCUGUCCAUGCGCUUCAUGGACCCCGAGCUGGAAACCCGCUACUCGGUGGAGAAGGAAAAGCAGAGCGGGGCCGCCUUCAGCUGCUCCUGCGUCGUGCUGCUCUGCGCGGCCCUGGUGGAGAUCGUCAUCGACCCCUGGCUGAUGACCAACUAUGUGACCUUUGUGGUUGGGGAGCUUCUGCUUCUGGUCCUGACCGUCUGCUCGCUGGCUGCCAUCUUUCCCCGGGCCUUUCCUAAGAAGCUUGUGGCCUUCUCGACGUGGAUUGACCGGACACGCUGGGCCAGGAACACCUGGGCCAUGUUAGCCAUCUUCAUUCUGGUUAUGGCAAAUGUUGUGGACGUGCUGAGCUGCCUGCAAUACUACAUGGGACCCAACAAUGGCACCUCGGGGAUGGCGACAGAGGAUGGCUGCAUGGAGAACCCCAAGUAUUACAACUACGUCGCCGUGCUGUCCCUCAUCGCCACCAUCAUGCUGGUGCAGGUCAGCCACAUGGUGAAGCUCACCCUCAUGCUGCUUGUCACGGGCGCUGUGGCUGUCAUCAACCUCUGUGCCUGGCGCCCCAUCUUUGAUGAAUAUGACCGCAGACGUUUCCAGGAACACGGCGUUCCUCUGGUCGCCUUAGAGAAGAUGCAGAUACUCUCCACUCCAGGGCUCAAUGGCACUGGCAGGCUGCCCCUGGUGCCUUCUAAGUACACGAUGACAGUGAUGAUCUUCGUCAUGAUGCUGAGCUUCUACUACUUCUCCCGCCACGUGGAAAAACUCGCACGGACACUGUUCUUGUGGAAGAUUGAGGUCCAUGACCAGAAGGAACGUGUCUACGAGAUGCGACGCUGGAAUGAGGCCCUGGUCACCAACAUGUUGCCCGACCAUGUGGCACGCCAUUUCCUAGGGUCCAAGAAGAGAGAUGAGGAGCUGUAUAGCCAGUCUUAUGAUGAGAUUGGAGUCAUGUUUGCCUCCCUGCCCAACUUUGCUGACUUCUACACAGAGGAGAGCAUCAAUAAUGGUGGCAUUGAGUGUCUGCGCUUCCUCAAUGAGAUCAUCUCAGAUUUUGACUCUCUUCUAGACAAUCCCAAAUUCCGGGUCAUCACCAAGAUCAAAACCAUUGGCAGUACCUAUAUGGCAGCUUCCGGAGUCACCCCAGAUGUCAACACCAACGGCUUUACCAGCUCCAGCAAGGAGGAAAAGUCAGACAAGGAGCGCUGGCAGCACCUGGCUGAUCUGGCUGACUUUGCACUAGCCAUGAAGGAUACGCUUACAAACAUCAACAACCAGUCCUUCAACAACUUCAUGUUGCGCAUAGGCAUGAACAAAGGAGGGGUCCUGGCUGGGGUCAUUGGAGCCCGGAAACCACACUACGACAUUUGGGGCAAUACAGUCAACGUGACCAGCAGGAUGGAGUCCACAGGGGUCAUGGGUAACAUUCAGGUGGUAGAAGAAACACAAGCCAUCCUUCGAGAGUACGGCUUUCGCUUUGUGAGGCGGGGGCCCAUCUUUGUGAAAGGGAAGGGGGAGCUGCUAACCUUUUUCUUGAAGGGGCGUGAUAAGCCAGCCGCCUUCCCGAAUGGCUCCUCUGUGACCCUGCCCCACCAGGUGGUAGACAACUCCUGAAUGGCUGCUAGCCCCAGGGAGGAUGUAUUUUUUGGAAUCAAAGACCUUGGGAAAGGACAAAUGACUAAGUCCCAACAGUCCCAAAUUGCUGAAGUGCACACUCACAUAGACUUUAGAUUUAAAAAUCUCCUCAAGCCUUCAUUUCGUGAGCUCUGAGGGUGGCCAUACUAUUUAUUCCUCAGUGUGCCUGUAGCUCCCCCAGAGUAAGGGUCUUAGGCAUAGCACUGGACCAGCCCUUCUUCCCCCACAGAGGCCAUGGCCACUAUGAGCAGGAUGUAUCAGAGGCGGGAGCUCAGCUGGAGGGGAAGCUGUGGCAGGGCCACUAUGCUGGUGAAUGUCUGCUCCCAGCUAUAACUUGAAAGCUGUGCUUUUCAUUCUGAAGAGCACCAGCUGGAGACCUGUCUCUGUAUGAUCUGAGUUAGGUCAAAGGGCCCUGUCCUGAUAAUCUUGAAAGGUUCUUCUGGAACCCCUGUCACCUUAGUCAUGGGAGAAGAAAGUGCAAUAUUUCCUUUUACCUGGUGGGAGGGAAAGGGAAUUUAUUUCUGAAAGAAAAAUAUAUCAACAGAUCUACAUUUAUAUUUUUAACUUUCUGUUAAAAAACACUUUCCGAUAUUGCCUUGCCUUUUGAGCGCUUGCUACAGUCGCCUUUGCUACUGCUUUAAAAGAGAAUUUACAGGUAUUGAUAAAGAAUAAGACUGUUUUAUUAAAAGUUUUCUUCAACUUGAA